AUGUUUGGCAUUAUUCUGGUUCUUUCAUUAGUUUUAUUGGCACAACCCGCCUUGUCGUUUUGGGGCUACGGUGGACACAUGGGCGGUUAUGGCGGUUAUCCCGGGUAUGGUGGUUACCAUGGUGGCUAUGGUGGUCAUCCUGGGUAUGGAUAUGGUGGCGGAUAUCCUGGAUAUGGUUACGGAGGCUAUCACGGCGGUUACGGAGGCUAUGGCGGCGGCGGAUACCAUCACGGAGCUCACGUUGGCGCAGCAAUAGGUGGAUUACUUGGGGCGUUCGGUAGAUAA